AUGAUUGCAAGUACUGAGGGUUCUAAUAACUCAUCUCGUACUUUAGAUGAAAUCGAAGUUUCUUCCAUACAAAAGGAACAAGACUUAGAAGCUUCACAACAACAGAAGGACACAGAGAUUUCACAGGAUCCUAACAUAGAUGGUGGAUAUGCAUGGGUAAUUUGUUUUGCAUGUUUGCUUCUUAACUUUAAUACUUGGGGAGGUAAUAGUGGGUUUGCUAUUUACUUUUCUGCAUACUUGUCCGAAAAUACUUUUGCAGGGGCUACAAAAAUCGAUUAUGCCUAUAUUGGUGGUAUUGCCUUUGGAGUUGGUACUGUAUUCUCACCAGUUAUCAAUGUUUUACUUGGUAAGAUUGGGUUCAGAGGAGUUUUAAUAAUAGGAAAUUGUUUGCAAUUUACUGCAUUAAUGUUGGCAAGUUGGUCUACAAAAUUAUGGCAACUAUAUUUGACACAAGGGUUGAUGCAGAGUUUUGGACUAGCCUUUCUUUUUAUACCUACAAUUACUGUGUUGCCUCAAUAUUUCAAAAAGAAAAGAGUACUAGCUGGCGGGAUUGCAACUGCUGGUUCUGGAUUCGGUGGUCUUGUUUACAAUUUGGCCAUGCAAAAGGUGGUAGAUACAAAAGGUGUUCAUUGGGCGCUUAGAGUACAAAGUAUAAUGGAAUUUGGCAUGGUUUGGAUAUCUAUUGCGUUGAUUAAAAGCAAAGCCAAGCAGCAUAGUAUCGAAUUCAAAAUCAUUGAUCCUAAGAUAUUUAUGACUGCACCAUUUUGGUUACUCAGUUUUUUUAUGAUAACCUGUAUGUUUGGCUAUGUUAUUGUAUUAUACACUUUAGCAAAUUUUACUACAAGUUUGGGCUAUUCAGGAGAGGAAGGGUCAUACGUUUCAGCUAUGGUCCAAGUGGGCUCUGCAGUUGGCCGUCCAGCAGUGGGAUACAUUGCUGAUAAAUACGGAGGUGUAACUGUUUCAGUAGUUGUUUACUAUGUUGUUGGUAUUUUCUGUUUGGCAAUGUGGAUACCAACAAGGAAUUUAGCAUCAAUUAUUAUUUUUGCUUUGAUUAGUGGAUCAUUGAUGGGAUCUGUGUAUGGUAUGAUUGCUCCUGCUAUUGCUCGAUCUUUUGGUAUUCAAAAAAUGAAUGUUGUUGUCUCGAAGAUAUUCAUAGUGAUGGCAAUUUCGGGAUUAUUUUCACCGGUAAUUGGGGUUGCAUUGACCAAAGGGGAGGCUGUUGGUGUCGAUCCAACAAGAUAUGUAUAUUGUUCUGUUUUUACUGGAGUUUCAUUCAUUGUGUGUGCUACUACAUUAUUAAUUCUACGAGGCUAUAUCAAGGCUAGGGAUCACUUGAUGGAGAAGGAUGGCCAUACUGACUCUGAUUUGGCAGAUUAUACAGGCGUAACUGUUCCAUUUACUAGUGUAUUUGCUAACAUGUUUGCCAAGAGUAAAGAAAAGGUAUAG